AUGGAACAAGUAGACGAUAGAGUAUGUCAUAUAGAAGAAGAUAUUGAUUAUGAUCAUGAUGAUGAAAAAAUCAAAAAUGCAAAAAAGAAAAAUAAAACCGACAAUAAUAAUAAUAAUAAUAACAAUAAUAAAAUUAUAUUAUUUAAUAAUAAUAAAACCAAUAAUAAUAAUAAUAAUGAAACCAAUAAUAAUGAUAAUAAUAAUAAUAAUAAUAAUAAUAAUAAUAAUAAUAAUGAAAGGAAAAGAAAUAUAGAAAUAAAUGAAACUUUAACAAUGAAAGAAUAUUUAUUAAAAAAGUUUAAAGGUGAUAGUUAUGAUUCUAUGCAAUUUUGGGAGGAAGAAAAAAAAGAAGAAGAAAGAGAAGAGAGAAAAAAGGGUUUCUUUAAAAGAUUAAACCACAAAUCACUUUUAGAUGAUAUUAUUAAUACAAGUAAAGAUUUACAUGAAGAAGAAAAGAAUCACUUCUUUCAAUUAUAUGGUUAUUCAUUUUAUAAUAAAAAUUCAAAAUGGUUCACUAUUGAUAAUAUCAGUAAUAUUAGAUGUAGAAAAGACGAUCCUGAUGAUAUUGAAACUAUUGUUAAUAAUUAUAAUACAAUUGUGGAAGAUUAUGAAAAUCCUUUAAACGAUAAUUCAGAUUCAAUUUUAAUUAGGUUUGAUAAUGGUUAUAAAAAUAAAUACUAUACUUUUUAUUUAGUUUAUUUAUCCCUUAAAGAUAUUACUAACGACAAUCCUAAUAAUAAUAAUAAUAAUAAUAAUAAUAAUAAUAAUAAUAAUAAUAAUAAUAAUAAUAAUAAUAAUAAUAAUAAUAAUAAUAAUAAUAAUAAUAAUAAUAAUAAUAAUAAUAAUAAUAAUAAUAAUAAUAAUAAUACCAAUGGUACUAUAAGAAAACCAAGACCAUCAGUUAAUAAUGAUAAUGAUAAUGAUAAUGAUAAUGAUAAUGAUAAUGAUAAUGAUAAUGAUAAUGAUAAUGAUAAUGAUAAUGAUAAUGAUAAUGAUAAUGAUAAUGAUAAUGAUAAUGAUAAUGAUAAUGAUAAUGAUAAUGAUAAUGAUAAUGAUAAUAAUAAUAAUAAUAAUAAUAAUAAUAAUAAUAAUAAUAAUAAUAAUAAUAAUAAUAAUAAUAAUAAUAAUAAUAAUAAUAAUGGUAAUAAUAAUAAUGGUAAUAAUAAUGGUAAUAACAAUGGUAAUGGUAAUGGUAAUAAUAAAGAAGACAAAGAUGAAGAUAAUGAAAAUAAAAUUGUAAUUAAAAAUCAUACUUUACCAUAUUGGUUACCACUUGAAGCAAUUAGGAAAAAUUAUUUAAAAGCAUACCCAAAAACAAAUUUAAAAGGAUUUUGUGAAUUGGUUCAAGGUAUUUUAGAUGGUUUCUUAAAAAGAAAGGUUUGCUUUAGAAAGUUUACCAAAAUAUUCAAACAAGCACAAGAUAUUAACUUUAAAACGGAAAUUGAUUUAAAUACAAGACAUGAUGCCACCUAUACAAAGUUUUUGGUUUUAAAUGAAGAAGAUGUACUUUUAGAAAUUGAAUAUAAACAAAUAACAAGUAGAAUUCCAUCCACACUAAUAAUUCAUGAAUCCUUCUUUUCUGAAUCUCUAAGAUUAACUAUCUUAUCAUUAAAAAAUUAUAACGACAAUCCUAAUAAUAAUAAUAAUAAUAAUAAUAAUAAUAAUAAUAAUAAUAAUAAUAAAAACAAUAAUGAUGAAUUAACAAAUCUAGGAGAUGAUCAAAAUGAUGAUUAUUUAGAUGAUAGAUUAUUAGAAAUUUUAAUAAAUCGAUUUAAUUUAUAA